AUGUCCUCAGGAAACAGAUAUUUUCAUCCAAGGAGUGAACGAGACGAGCAUAGAGUGCUUCUUAUGAAUUGUAGUGCAGAUGCUUUCCUCGAUCCUCGAAGUUGGUGGGCUAGCGCAGCCAAUAUCGCCCCACCACUCGGAAGUGCUUUUGGGAAAGCCAGGGUAAUUGCGAACCAGGCAAAUGCUGAAAGUGAAGAAGCAGAUGAGUUUCUUGAACGUAGUAGACCUUCAUCGAGGCUUAAUACUAGAGACGAUUGGGUCACACCCCACGAACCAUCUUUCGCUGAGGUCUGUCAAGAGAUCUCACAAAGAUUUGAUCAUUCAAUGAAAAUAUGUCAACCAGCUCGCCCAGAAGAAGUAAAGGAAGCGAUAUUCAGUGGAAGAAUGACCAGAAAAGCGAGAGAUACUUUACUUCCUAGUGGGUUUAAGACUCCACCUAGGAAACUAUCAAUCACGCAAUUGCAAAACUAUCGACGUGAAGUUUGCUCACCUUCUGCAAGUUCUCGAUCCCGGUCUCCCUCUUCCUCCCCUUCCUCCUCUCAAUCUUCCUCCGAGAUUUCUUCUGGAUUCUCAUACCCUUUUCAUACUCCGGAAAAUAGAAUUGAUCCUCAUAGAGCAUCAUUUGAAGAAGAAGAAGAUAGUCUAGACUAUUAUCUCCGUUCUUCUUAA